AAACAACCUUUCUCGCUUCUCAUAUCAGCGGGUGCCUCUUCCCUCUUCAAUUCUGGAAAAGGAUGUGGAGCUUGUUACCAGGUAAAAUGCAGUGAAAGUAGUAAUGCACUAUGCUCGGGAAAUCCGGUGACCGUAGUUAUAACAGAUGAGUGCCCUGUCGGAGGAAUAUGUUCAUCAGAUCCAUACCAUUUUGACUUGAGUGGCACUUCUUUUGGAAGUUUAGCGGCUUCCGGAAAAGCUGAUCAGCUUCGGGACGCCGGAGAACUUAAGAUUCAAUAUCAACGAGUUGAUUGCAAUUGGGGGAAGACGCCACUGAGCUUCACUGUGGACGCGGGUUCGAGCCCCUACUAUUUCGCAGUGGCAAUACAGAACGUGGAAGGACGGGGAACGCUGAGCCGGGUUCAGCUGAAACAGGGUUCGAACGGGAAGUUGAUAAACAUGGUCCAAUCCUGGGGUGUGGUUUUCAAGGCUGACGUGCCCGCCCCCGGACUCAGCAAGGAACCCAUUUCCAUCAUACUCACAGAUGACGCUGGCCGCACCCUCACCGCCACGGACGUCAUCCCUGCCACCUGGAAGCCCGAUGGAAUCUACACAUCUUCUGUCACUUCUUUCGUUUGAUUUUAUUUCUUUAUUCGAUCUAUUUUACCCACCUACCUAUAUUGUUCAUAAUAUAAAUUAUAAAUAAAAGUGCCCGCAUGUACGCAGCACUAAUUACUUAUAAUAGACUAAUCUUUAUGUGUGUAAUGCUAAAUACUGAUCGUAUUGAUUAAUUAAAAUUACUUCA